CUCGAGCACCACUUGACUAUUUUUAAGAAUCAUGCACGGUAUAAUCAAUCUACGUCAGCUGCUUUAAAUUUGAACAACAUAGGAUGAAUAAAUAUACAGAUAUAAGUAAGAAUAUGGCAAGGAAUUACAAACCGGAAGAUGUGCUUUCGGAUAGUCGACGUCUUCCUUGAGCGCUCUUGAAUGACACCCUUCCCGAGUGACUGUUGGACUUUCACAUCUGCAGCGUGGACGAAAGGGAUCCGAAUCAGAACGGCUAAUCGGUUUUACUGGUCCUCUGCAAGAAGGGUCGCCAAUGUUUUCAACAGUGGAAGGGCCGCAUUCCUGCUCCCAACGCUCUCGUGUCUGACAUAUGGAGCUUAUUGCAGGCUGCAGCAUUCAGCGAUGCUCCUCGCUUUAGAAAAAGAGGAGGUUCUUGAGCAGGCCGACUAUCUUUAUAGCUGCGCGGAGACACACAAACUCUACCAGCUCCUAUUGCAGUACAAAGACAGCGAUAAUGCCGAGUUCUUGUGGAGGCUGGCAAGGGUGUCCCGUGACGUGUCCGAGCUGCCCGAAACUAAGGAAGGACUGAGGAAACAGCUGAUGUAUGAGGCCUUUGAAUAUGCAAAGAAAUCCUUGGAAAAAGAUGACAAGUGUUUUGCAGCACACAAAUGGUAUGCAAUAUGCCUGAGUGAUGUAGGGGAGUACGAGGGAGUCAAAGUCAAAAUAGGAAAUUCUAUCAAAAUCCGGGAACAUCUAGAGAGAGCCCUCGAGCUCAAUCCCAAAGAUGCAACAUCCUUGCACAUUUUGGGUUACUGGUGUUUUACUUUUUCUGAGCUGCCGUGGUAUCAACGCAAGGUGGCAGCGGUUAUUUUUGCGUCACCUCCGACAUCCACGUAUGAGGAGGCUUUGCAGUUCUUCCUGAAAGCUGAACAAGUGGAUCCAAACUUCUACAGUAAAAACCUCCUUAUGCUUGGGAAGACCUACAUGGCCAUGAAGGAUGAGCAAAAAGCUUUGUUGUGGCUAAACAAAGCUAAAGAUUACCCGCCGCGCACGCACGAAGACAAAGAGGUCCAUAAAGAAGCCGUUGACCUGUUAAAGAAGUUCAGAUGAACCUGACACCUGAUGUUCUCUAAUUGUUAACAUAGUUUGAUGAGAAAUCACUCAUCUUCUCUUGGGGGGUGGGGCGGGGGGACCAUCCUCACCACUUGAAAAUAAAAGCACAAUCAUGGCAUUGG